AUUUUAAAAUGGACUGGAGAAAAAUCUGGAAAAACUGGCGGAAAGUCUGUGUGGUUGUCCUCACGGUCGCUGCAUGUGGGUUAUCAAUUGGUUUAAUAACCGUGUUAACUGGAAACGGAACUAAGAGAAACAGUUCUGAACCGACUGGAACCGGGAGACGAG